GAAGUUGGGGCCGCCUCUCCGCGCCGGGCGGGGGCGGGCCGGGACCUCAGACCCUGGGAUGCUCGCGGGGAGGGUCCGGGCCCGCAGCCCCGGGAGCCGAGCCGGCCCCCUGCCCCCGGCCGGGCCUCUCCAGGACACUCCCCGCCUCGCCGCUGGCCACCUCCGUGCGCGCCACGUCCUCCCUCCCCGUCCUGCCCCCCGGGCUCCCCCCGGGCUGGGGGCGGUAACCGGCGGCCACGGCCGCACUCGGCGAGCCUAGCGGCUGGAAGAUCGGGCGGGGGAACGGGGCGCGGCGGGAAGGAGCGGGCGACCCGGUGUGUGGGCCAGCGUAGCUCCGGAAGCCAGUUGAGGGAAAUUCUCCAUGAAUGUACGUCACAAUGAUGAUGACCGACCAAAUCCCUCUGGAACUGCCACCAUUGCUGAACGGAGAGGUCGCCAUGAUGCCUCACUUGGUGAAUGGAGAUGCAGCCCAGCAGGUCAUUCUCGUUCAAGUUAAUCCAGGUGAGACUUUUACAAUAAGAGCGGAGGAUGGAACGCUUCAGUGCAUUCAAGGACCUGCUGAAGUUCCCAUGAUGUCACCUAAUGGAUCCAUUCCCCCCAUCCAUGUGCCUCCAGGUUACAUCUCACAGGUGAUUGAAGACAAUACUGGAGUCCGCCGGGUGGUGGUCACACCCCAGUCUCCUGAGUGUUACCCCCCAAGCUACCCCUCGGCCAUGUCUCCAACCCAUCACCUACCCCCCUACCUGACUCACCACCCCCAUUUUAUUCAUAACUCACACACGGCUUACUACCCACCUGUUACCGGACCUGGAGAUAUGCCGCCUCAGUUUUUCCCUCAGCAUCAUAUUCCCCCUACAAUAUACGGCGAGCAAGAAAUUAUACCACUCUAUGGAAUGUCAAGCUACAUCACCCGGGAAGACCAGUACAGCAAGCCUCCACACAAAAAACUGAAAGACCGCCAGAUUGACCGCCAGAACCGCCUCAACAGUCCUCCUUCUUCUAUCUACAAAAGCAACUGCACAACUGUGUACAACGGCUACGGGAAGGGCCACAGCGCCGGGGGUGGUGGAGGCAGUGGAGGUGGCAGUGGUGGUGGGCCAGGAAUCAAGAAGACAGAGCGGCGAGCAAGAAGCAGUCCAAAGUCGAACGAUGCAGAUUUGCAAGAGUAUGAGUUGGAAGUAAAGAGGGUGCAAGACAUUCUUUCAGGAAUAGAGAAACCACAGGUUUCUAAUAUUCAGGCAAGAGCAGUCGUUUUGUCCUGGGCUCCCCCUGUUGGACUUUCCAGUGGACCCCACAGCGGUCUUUCUUUCCCCUACAGUUAUGAGGUUGCCUUAUCAGACAAAGGACGAGAUGGAAAGUACAAGAUAAUUUACAGUGGGGAAGAAUUAGAAUGUAACCUGAAAGAUCUCAGACCGGCAACUGAUUAUCAUGUGAGGGUAUAUGCCAUGUACAAUUCCGUAAAGGGAUCCUGCUCCGAGCCAGUUAGCUUCACCACCCACAGCUGCGCACCUGAAUGUCCCUUCCCACCUAAGCUGGCACACAGGAGCAAAAGUUCACUAACCUUGCAAUGGAAGGCACCAAUUGACAAUGGUUCAAAAAUCACCAACUACCUUUUAGAAUGGGAUGAGGGAAAAAGAAACAGCGGUUUCAGACAGUGCUUCUUUGGAAGUCAGAAGCACUGCAAGUUGACAAAGCUUUGUCCGGCCAUGGGGUACACGUUCAGGCUGGCUGCUCGGAAUGACAUUGGCACCAGUGGUUAUAGCCAAGAGGUGGUAUGUUACACGUUAGGAAACAUCCCUCAGAUGCCCUCUGCACCAAGACUUGUUCGAGCUGGAGUCACAUGGGUCACGUUGCAGUGGAAUAAACCAGAAGGUUGUUCACCUGAGGAAGUGGUCACCUAUACCUUGGAAAUCCAGGAGGAUGAAAACGAUAACCUUUUCCACCCAAAAUACACUGGAGAGGAUUUAACCUGUACUGUGAAAAAUCUCAAAAGAAGCACACAGUAUAAAUUCAGGCUGACUGCUUCUAAUGUGGAAGGGAAGAGUUGUCCAAGUGAAGUGCUGGUGUGUACGACGAGUCCUGACAGGCCCGGACCCCCCACAAGACCCCUCAUCAAAGGACCAGUUACAUCUCAUGGCUUUAGUGUCAAAUGGGAUCCUCCCAAGGAUAAUGGUGGUUCAGAAAUACUCAAGUACUUGCUGGAGAUUACCGAUGGAAAUUCUGAAGCGAGCCAGUGGGAGGUGGCAUACAGCGGAUCGGCUACAGAAUACACUUUCACCCAUUUGAAACCAGGCACUUUGUACAAACUCCGAGCAUGCUGCAUCAGCACCGGUGGACACAGUCAGUGCUCUGAAAGUCUCCCUGCUCGCACACUAAGCAUUGCACCAGGUCAGUGUCGACCACCGAGGGUUUUGGGUAGACCAAAGCACAAAGAAGUCCACUUAGAGUGGGACGUUCCUGCCUCAGAAAGUGGCUGUGAGGUCUCGGAGUACAGUGUGGAGAUGACGGAACCCGAGGAUGUGGCUUCGGAGGUGUACCAUGGGCCAGAGCUCGAGUGCACCGUGGGCAACCUGCUCCCCGGAACUGUGUAUCGUUUCCGGGUGAGGGCUCUGAAUGACGGAGGGUAUGGCCCCUAUUCUGAUGUCUCAGAAAUUACCACUGCUGCAGGGCCUCCUGGACAGUGCAAAGCACCUUGUAUUUCUUUUACGCCUGAUGGAUGUGUCCUAGUGAGUUGGGAGAGUCCAGAAAGCUCUGGUGCCGACAUCUCAGAGUACAGGUUGGAAUGGGGAGAAGAUGAAGAAUCCUUAGAACUCAUUUAUCACGGGACAGAUACCGGCUUUGAGAUAAGGGACCUGUUGCCCGCUGCACAAUAUUGCUGUAGACUACAGGCUGUCAAUCAAGCUGGAGCAGGACCGUAUAGUGAGCUUGUCCUUUGCCAGACACCAGCAUCUGCCCCUGACCCUGUCUCCACUCUCUGUGUUCUGGAGGAGGAGACCCUCAAUGCCUACCCUGAUUCACCUUUUGUGUGCCUUGUACUGAACUGGGAAGAGCCGUGCAAUAAUGGAUCUGAAAUCCUCGCUUACAAUAUUGACCUUGGAGACACUAGCAUCACCGUGGGCAAUACCACCACCCAUGUUAUAAAAGACCUCCUUCCAGAAACCACCUAUCGGAUCAGAAUUCAGGCCGUCAAUGAAAUUGGAGCUGGACCGUUUAGUCAGUUCAUUAGGGCAAAAACUCGGCCAUUGCCACCCUUGCCUCCGAGGCUCGAAUGUGCUGCCGCGGGGCCCCAGAGCCUGAAGCUGAAGUGGGGAGACAGCAACGCCAAGACCCACACAGCCGCUGACAUGGUGUACACACUGCAGUUGGAAGACAGAAACAAGAGGUUUAUUUCCAUCUACAGAGGACCCAGCCACACCUAUAAGGUCCAGAGACUGACGGAAUUCACGUGCUACUCCUUCAGAAUCCAGGCGGCGAGUGAGGCUGGGGAAGGGCCCUUCUCAGAAACCUACACUUUCAGCACAACCAAGAGCGUCCCCCCCACCAUCAAAGCACCUCGAGUCACACAGUUGGAAGGAAAUUCAUGUGAAAUUUUAUGGGAGACGGUACCACCAAUGAAAGGUGACCCUGUCAACUACAUUCUGCAGGUAUUGGUUGGAAGAGAAUCUGAGUACAAACAGGUAUACAAGGGAGAAGAAGCAACAUUCCAGAUCUCAGGCCUCCAGACCAACACAGACUACAGGUUCCGCGUGUGCGUGUGCCGUCGCUGUGUAGACACCUCUCAGGAGCUAAGCGGCGCUUUCAGCCCCUCUGCGGCUUUUGUAUUACAGCGAAGCGAGGUCAUGCUCACAGGGGACACGGGGAGCAUAGAUGAUCCCAGAAUGAAGAGCAUGAUGCCUACUGAUGAACAGUUUGCAGCCCUCAUUGUGGUUGGCUUUGCAACUUUGUCCAUUUUGUUUGCCUUUAUAUUACAGUACUUCUUAAUGAAGUAAACAAACCCAACAAAACUAGAGGUAUGAAUUUAAUUAAUGCUACACAUUUUAAUACACACAUUUAUUCAGAUACUCCCCUUUUUAAGCCCUUCUGUUCUUUGAUUUAUAUACUUCUCUUGUUUUACAGAUUUAGCUAGGAAAAAAAAAUAUCAGUGUUUUGGUGCACCUUUUUGAAAUGCAAAACUAGGAAGAGACUAAACUGGAUUUUUUUUUUUUUUUAAAGAAAAGCAAACCAGAUACCAAAAGCUAGCUUUCAUAUGUUUUCUUUUAUCUUCAGAUUUACCUUUAUUCUGUUUUCACUGAUGUCUUUUGCAAGCCUUUGGUUGUUUGUUUUUUUUUCUUCCAUGUUACAGUUUAGUAAUUUAUAUUCACCAGUCACUUCUUUUGUCUUGAUCAUCGAUAUCUGUGAACAUGAAUCACAGUGUGUGUAGUUACAGGUCUAGGAUUCCAGUGUUCUCAGAGUAUUAGCACACAACUACAACGGCAACAACAACGUACAGAAGAUGUGUUCGCUCAGAUAAGGCUGCCCUAAACAACCAUUUUGUCACUCAGUUGUUUAACUGUGUUUAGCUCAUUUGAAUCAAAAUGUGUACUUUAAUCUAAAAUGUUUUAAUCAUCUGUAUUUCUUCUGAUUUUAACACUAUGAGCUGCCUGUCUAAGAAAUCAAGUAACCAAAAUGCACCUAUAAAUUAUGGAGCAUUGUAGAUUUUUACCCCAUCGACUCAUAGCAGUAAUUUUAAGAGGGCAUUGUGCAAUAGUUAGUUGUUUCCUUGUUCAGCUGUUUUAAAAGCUGCUUUAACUUGUUUGUUUGUCUUUGUGUAGAACUACUUCUAAUCACUAGAGUUAUUAUAUUCUGUUAUGUUUGACCAGAGUUAUGUGGCGAGAACUGGUGACUGUUUAGUGCCUCUGCCCAUUGUCCAUGAUUCAUACUAAUUGUGAGCAGUCUUCUUACAGCUUGUUGUUUUGGAAAGAUUUGCCUUUAGGCUGUUCUUUGAGGUAUCAAUGAAGUGAUCGAAUUUCAAUACCUUGAUUCAAUGCACAUCAUAUUAAUCUAACAGCAGAUGAAAACUGGUAAAACCCAAACGAGAGUCAUCUAAAUUUGUAGUUCCUAUUUUUGUGGGUUUGACCUGGCCAUGUGUGGAGAGGGAAUGAUAUUUGGUGGUGAGCACAGGGUGUUUGGGGGUGAAGGAGCCUAGAUUCUCUCCCUGGAUCUGUCACUAACUUGCUGCGUGACCUGAACACGUCACUUUACCUCUCUGUGCCUCAGUUUCCCGUGCAUUAAAAAUAAAAUGAAAUAAAAUGAAAUGGGGAUUCUAAUGUUUGUAAGUGCUUUGAGAUCCUUGAUCAACAGGUGCUAUUGGAGUGCAAAGUGUUACUCUUGCAUGUUUAUUCUGAGUCAUGAGAUAAUCAAGUUUAACCCAAAGUCAUUGGAUUAUUUAUAUGAAGUCCAUAAUGUUCGCGUACCUCAGGGACAUUUAAGAGUUGGAGGUGCAAAUAUAUUCCAAAAGGGUGCAACAGACACAGUGUAUCCCCCUGCUUCUGUUUUUGUAUAUUUUUGCUACUUGGUUUUUCUUGAUCAUAGCGAUUUUGUGCUUGGUCUGUGUUGUCUUAAGAUGCAGUAUCCUGUACUAGCUUAUAAUAUUCCCAUACCAAAGUCAUGGGGAAACCAACAUUAUUUUGUUUUUGGUUUAUUUAUACUAUAUUCUGCAUACAGUACUUUAAAUGCCAAUUACAGUGCAAUCUUUAUUUAUUGUAAAAUUUUUUAAAUGUACUUAUGUACUAAUUUCCCCUUGUAGCAUGUUAUUUUGUGUUUUAUACUUUUGUAAUUUUUAGGUCAGUCCUGUUCCUUGGCAACAUCUGUAGUAUUAUUAUCAAUCUUCUGACAUUUUCUUGUGUUUUUAAAGAGAAGAGCAUCUAGUGCAUUAAAUGCCAAAAAAAAAAAAAAAAUCCAUUAUCAGUGAUUGAAACGUUUACAUGUACCCAAAAAACCAUAAUCAUCUCUUGAAAGAAAGUGCUGAGAUCAAUGAAUUACUCUGUGUGCCUAUAUUGAUGUAGUAAGUACUAGAGAGUUUUGUAUUUUGUUAUUGACUGUAAUAAUUAGUUUAAUUAGCCUUGCAAAGUGAUGGCAUCAAGGUAAAUAUAUUUUUGCCAAAGUUCUGGCCUUCCAAAACUCAGCCCUCUGCUUAAGUAUGUAUUAUGACCCACUCUACCGUGGCAUCUGCGUUUCCGGAGACCAUUGCUUAAAACACACCUUCUCCCCCCAAAACACCUGCAUGAAAUGAAGAGUUAAGGUGUACAAAAACCCUGUUUGCCAGGUGGGGGGGAGGUCCCUUCUUGGAAACACUUCAGAACUGCUGCUAUCAAGAAAUUCUCUGAAUUGGUUGAAAUGUUUUAAAUGAAAGAAUACUUAAGGCCAAGACUGCUACGAGUACUUUAUCUUUUUUGAGAUUGUCAUCCUGUUGAACCACCAGAAAGCUGAAGUGGGUGAAAUACCAGCUGGCAGCACUUUAUUUUAUUGUUCUUCGUGAUUUGGUGUCCAUUAUAACCCCGUCAGUCAAAAAAUUAUUACUCCAUCUGGCUCUGUUUUCUAUCACAAAUACGUAUUUGUGACAUCAAUAUAUAACUAUGUGUGUAUUGCCGUUACACACGAACAAUAAAAUAAAGUGUUCUAUCGACCUUAUUUCUCUUGCCCUUUUGCAAUAGGUAGGAAUGAGUGAGUGGCCGAUUCCCGAUGCUCUGUAUGUCAGAUUCCUCCCUGGCACAAGAAAUUCCAGUCAUGUAAUGCAAACUGCCCUUUGUCCUCAAAGAAACUGUUGAAAGAGAAAACUUUUUUAAAAGAUUUUUUUCAUAUUAUCUGCCUUGUUCUUAUCAACUUGAAAUUGUUGGCAUUUUCUAACUGUGUUUUGUUGGCUACGGUAAAUCAGUAUUCCUGUCAAAAUUGAAAAGUGCCCUAAUUGAAUGUGUUUGAAUGUUAUCCUUGCACAGUUCUUUAAAUUGAAAGACAAAAUGUUUUACCUCACUGUUGGACAUACAUUCCAAGGUUUUCAACUCUAGGAGAAAAAAAAAAUAAUCAUGUUUUCCUGUAUUGUAAAUUUUAGACUAUUUCAUACACAUUGUAUUAAAACUGCCAUAUCAAUUUUAAUGUAUAGAUUUUGCAAAUACUAUGCUAUAUGUAAUACCUAACUGUAUCUGUAGUGUAUAUGUAAUAUAUUUAUGCCCAAUAAAUGUUUUAAUUCUUUCUGA